AUGCGGCGGUGUGGGACACUCACUCAGACACUGCGGCUGUCCAGCGACAAUGGCCCAUCAGCAGCUCUGCCCUGGACCGAGGUCAUCAAGGUUUACACCGGAGAAGAUAAGUUACUUCCAGAUGUGGCUGUGCAUUGGCGUGCCUGGUCUGCAUGGGUGUAUGUUUGUUUGCGUGUGGAGAAGCUCUCUGCGGCCUUCUACUGGAGGAAAUGGUCUCCGCUCAUUGGAAAGAUCGCGCAUGCGCAGAUGAGCCUGCUCUUUGCGGGUUAUGGUGUGUGA